AUGGAGAAUCAAAUCGUGAUUGAUUUCUAUCAUUACUUUUUCAGUGUCUCUCCCAAUCUAUUGUCCCUUCUCUAUCUUCUGUCUUCUGUCUCUCUCUUCAUCUCACUAUCUAAAAAUCUAUCUAUCAUAGUCUGUUCAUUAUCUAUAAAUCUAUCUUUCUCAGUUUGUUGCAUAUCUAUCUAUCUAUCUAUCUAUCUAUCUAUCUAUCUAUAUAUCGAUCGAUCGAUCUAUCGAUCUAUCUUUGUUUCAUAUCUAUCUAUCUAUCCAUCUAUCUAUCUAUCUCACUUUGUUUCAUAUCUAUAUAUCUAUCUAUCUAUCUCACUUUGGUUCAUAUCUAUCUAUCUAUCUAUCUAUCUAUCUAUCUAUCUAUCUACCUCACGUUGGUUCAUAUCUAUCUACCUAUCCAUCUAUCUCACUCUGUCUCAUCUAUCUAUCUAUCUAUCUAUCUAUCUAUCUAUCUAUCUAUCUAUCUAUCUAUCUAUCUCACUUUGUCUCAUAUCUAUCUAUCUAUCUACCUCACGUUGGUUCAUAUCUAUCUACCUAUCCAUCUAUCUCACUUUGUCUCAUAUCUAUCUAUCUAUCUAUAUCUAUCUAUCUAUCUAUCUAUCUAUCUAUCUAUCUAUCUAUCUAUCUCACUUUGUUUCAUAUCUAUCUAUCUAUCUAUCUAUCUAUCUAUCUAUCUAUCUAUCUCACUUUGUUUCAUAUCUAUCUAUCUAUCUAUCUAUCUAUCUAUCGUUGGCAGGUCGUUCGGGCGUCAUUUUUCACUACACAAACCAAGUGUAA